AUGGUCAGAAAAAAUUUCACAGAGGUAGAUUUCACCCUGGCUGGACUUUCAUAUAAUCACACCAUUCAAUCUUUUCUAUUUCUAAUAUUCUUACUCUUGUACUUGAUGUCACUUGGAGGAAACAUAACCAUAACUACAACCAUAUGGAUGAACCAGCAGCUACACAAACCUAUGUAUUUUUUCCUUGGAAAUCUUUCUUUCUUAGACGUUUGCUACUCUUCAGUGACUGUCCCCAAAAUGUUGGUGUCUUUACAUGGUGGGAAUAACGAGAUCUCAUACAGAGGUUGCAUGACUCAACUCUAUUUCUAUGUUUCUUGCUGUAGCACAGAGUGUUUGCUUCUCUCCAUAAUGGGCUUUGAUAGAUACGUUGCUAUCUGUAAUCCCAUGCAUUAUUCAACUAUCAUGAGCAAGAGAACCUGCCUUCAACUGGCCAUAAGUCUCUGGCUUACUGGCUUCAUCACCUCUAUAGUACACACAGUAUUCACUGCUCGGUUACCGUAUUGUGGCUCACACAUGAUUUCUCAUUUCUUUUGUGACAUCCCACCUAUGCUGAAGCUUGCAUGCUCUGACACAUUUCUAAAUCAAAUUCUUAUUCUCACAGCUGGAGGCUUUCUUGGACUCAGCUCCUUUGUGCUGACACUAGUUUCCUAUAUUCAAAUAAUAUCCUCCAUUCUUAAAAUACGCACAAAAGUAGGAAGAAGCAGAGCAUUCUCAACAUGUGCUUCCCAUCUAACUGUGGUUAUUCUUUUCUUUGGAAGUAUAAGCUUUAUGUACAUGAGACCAACUUCCAGCUACUCACUGGAUCAGGAUCAAAUAGUGUCACUUUUGUAUGCAGUGGUCACUCCUGCUUUAAACCCCAUCAUAUAUACAUUAAGAAACAAGGAGGUCAAAGCAGCUUUGAAAAAGACUAUUACUAGAACUAAAAGUUAUGCUGAAUAUCAUGGAAGCCUGAGCUUUAUUGGACCAAUCCUUGACAUACCAGGGCCUCUACAUCCUCUUGAGGAUCACUUCGCUGGGAAACUCUUAAAUGAAGAGCAUUUCUCCGAACCAGGGGAGUUGCCACGGCAGAUGCAGCUUCAUGUCUUUACAAUAUUUCAAGGGAGCUCAGCAGCAGAGGAUUUGCUCAGCUGUCCAUACUAUUGCCUGAAAACCCUCAGAUUUCGAAAACUACGAGAUUUCUUGAAUAGAUUCCUGGACCUGCAUCCAAUUUUUAUCCCAGAUGAUCUGGAAUUGGUUAAAUCUCCUAUCAGCUCUACUUAA